AUGAUCCCAGGACUGACCUUGUGCUUUCAAGGAUCCAUGUGUGGUGUUCUUGGGACACGAACUCUGGUUUCACAUGCAGGCUUCUGGCCGGGGGUCUCCGAAAGGUCAAAGGACUGGGUGCUCCAGAACUUGCGUAUAAGGGGAAGUCUCAUUUUCACUGAAGCGCUCUUCCACUCCCUUUUGGUUGAUAAAGUCUCGCCGCUCUUUGGUGCCGUGACGGCCCAAAGAUUGGAUAUUGCAGCGCGAUUCAUCAAAGAAUACCACGUGAAUAUCGACUUUGAAUACGCAGGGAAGAAUAUGCUUCUUCUUCUUCUUGCUAUUGACCUGCAAUACCCAGAGGCCGUGGGUCUGAUACUCAAAUAUCAGCCUAAUCUUCGCUCCUCUUGCGACCUUGGCGGUCGAGGCCCACUGUCACUUGCCGUGGUUGGCGGUGAUGCUCCUAUUGUCGAGCGCUUCUUCAAUGUCAAGAGAUUGAUGUCACGGAUCAUCUCGGCUGGACGCCGCUUACAGCAUGCAAAUCCUGAGAGGCACCAUAUCGCAGUGGAGAUGCUGGUGACCCACACGGGAAUUGAUGUCAACUGCCAAAGCUCACAACAUGAUCCACAUCUCGCGUUGGCUGUGAAGAAGCUCCAGGGACAGCAAUCUACUGCAGAGGACGAACGGCUCUAUGGCACGCUGUCAACCGAGGCCACUACGACCUCGUGA